AUGGAGCAGAUUACUUUUGAAACUCUUAAAAACGCCAUCGAGGACAGAGGAGGUGUGGAGGAGGAGGAGAGGAGGAAGAGGAAGGAGGUGGUGGAGAGGUUUCAGACGGCGCCGUUUGAGGAAAUCGCCGCUCACUGUGGAGCGAAGACGUCGUCUCUCCAGUCCAAGCUGGAUCAGGUCUUUGAUUUGAUCAUUCGUCCUCCUCCGUCUCCGUCCGGACACUCGCCGCCUCGCUCCACGCCGCUCUACGAGAUGAAGUUUCCCGACCUCUGCGUCUAUUAGAUGCGAGCUGAGCUGUUUUCCUUCUCUGUUGAAGCUCUGUCCUCAGUUAAUGUGACGUUAGAACACGACUCUGG